AUGAAGCGAUUCUUCAAGCCCAUAGAGAAAGACGGCUCAACGGCGGCUAAGAAACCAUGCAUCUCGCCGGAAAAGCGCGACGGGGACGAAGACGGAGUUGAAGAAGGGAAGAACCAGAACGAGCCCUCCAAGUUUCUGACGUGGAACGCCAAUAGUUUCCUCCUUCGGGUGAAAAACGACUGGUCCGAGUUCUCUAAGUUCGUCUCCGAGUUCGACCCUGAUGUCAUCGCCGUACAGGAAGUAAGAAUGCCUGCUGCUGGCGGAAAAGGAAGACCUAAAAAUCCUGAAGAGUUGAGCGAUGACACUAAAGUUCUGCGAGAGGAAAAACAGAUUUUGACGCGGGCUCUCUCAAGUCCACCAUUUGGAAAUUAUCGAGUUUGGUGGUCUCUUGCGGACUCGAAGUAUGCAGGGACAGCUUUGUUAGUGAAAAUUUGUUUCAAGCCCAAAAAAGUUUACUUUAACUUGGACAAAUUAGCAUCUAAACAUGAACCUGAUGGUCGUGUAAUCUUAGCUGAAUUUGAGACAUUUCGUCUUUUGAAUACGUAUUCGCCUAAUAAUGGUUGGAAAGAGGAGGAGAAUUCGUUUCAGAGGAGAAGGAAAUGGGACAAGAGGAUUGUUGAGUUCCUCACCCAAACGUCUGAUAAACCUCUAAUAUGGUGCGGCGACUUAAAUGUAAGUCAUGAGGAGAUAGAUGUUAGCCAUCCAGAAUUCUUUGCAUCUGCAAAGCUUAAUGGUUAUGUUCCUCCGAACAAAGAGGACUGCGGACAACCUGGAUUUACACCAUCUGAGAGAGGACGCUUCGGUGCAAUUAUGAAAGAAGGAAGGCUUGUUGACGCAUACCGAUAUCUACACAAGGAGCAAGACACGGAAAGUGGCUUCUCAUGGUCUGGGAAUCCUAUUGGAAAGUACCGUGGAAAGAGGAUGAGGAUCGACUAUUUUCUGGUCUCUGAACAACUCAAAGACCGUUUAGUUUCUUGUAAGAUGCACGGUCAUGGGAUAGAAUUAAAAGGUUUCUAUGGGAGUGAUCAUUGUCCGGUAACACUGGAGCUUUCAAAGCCAUCUUCAGCCACGGAAGAGAACCAGGUUUCUAACUAA